UUGCACGAUUUUUCUUCCUCUUCGGUCCCUGGAUCAAUUACCUAGGGUUUUAACACCCCCUUCCCUCAAAACCCUAAUUUUCAAAAAAAUGGGAGGCAAGUGUCCGAGCAGGAAAGUGAAGAAGAGAAGAUACUCUCACAAGACGGCUCGACGCUCCAAAUUCCUCGUCAAAGGCGACGAUGCGGUCUAUGAGGAGCUGCAAAAGCCCGAUGUGGAGAAGAAGGCCUUGCCCCUUGACGAGGACUUGCCUGGCAUGGGCCAGUAUUACUGUUUGCACUGCGAUCGAUACUUCGCUAAUAUCAGUAUAAGGGAUGAGCAUUUCAAGACGAAACGCCACAAGAAGCGUAUGAAGCAAAUGAUGGGACCUGCACCACACACGCAAUUAGAUGCUGAAUUAGCUGCUGGGAUGGGUAUGCCAGAUAACGGUCCUAAACUUAUGUCUAUGUGAGCUGCUUUUUUUUUUAAAAAAAAAAAAAGUAAUAUAUAUGCUUUGAUGACAACUGAUAAGAGAGUUGAGACUGGCCUUGUUGGAGGAUACUCGGUGCUGUAAGAGUGGUCUUUGUAGCGGUUGAUACUUGUGUGGAUGCAGAAGUAAUAGCAAUUAAUUUUCUUUUUCUUUUUGGCCUA